CGUCACGCGGGUGAUGGCGACCGGCUGGUUCCUCUGAGUAGUGCGAGAGGUGAGGAGAGGAGGAGCGCUUGAGGCGAGGGCCGCACACUUUAUUUUUUUAUUUUUUAUUUUUAUUUUUCCUUUCCAACCGGCCCGGUAAAUAACGGAGAGAGGACUUCCCCGCCCAGCUGUCAGACCGGGACCUGAGGUCAAACUAACUCCGGUUCACCGGACAGACAGAACGUUAACGGGACCAGAACUCUGCCUGCCUUUUCCUCUGCCGUGAUUCAGCCCAAUCCGAGAUCAGACCACACCGAUCGGCCGACUCUAAACUUUCCGUUUCUCUCUCCCGGGACUAAAUCCUCUCGCAUCGACACUUAAUCUCCCUGUAUUAACGACACUUUUAAUCGUUUGGGAACUUUUACUUUCAGGUCGCGAGGAGUUGUAAUUCGCCUAAAGGACACAGCGCCCCCACCCAACUUCUGAAACACUUUUUUCCGUGGUUCUUAUUUCUGUCUGGUGCGGUAACGGGGCAUGACGAGGAUUAUCUAACUGGACGUCGCUGAGCCACUCGACCCACCAUUUCUUCUCCAGUAAAGGGGUAAGGGGUCAGAGGUGAGGAUGGCAGGAGCCUCAGUGAAGGUGGCAGUACGCGUGCGACCUUUCAACUCCCGGGAGACCAGCCGAGAUGCCAAGUGUGUUAUACAGAUGCAGGGCAACUCCACCUGCAUCUCCAACCCCAAACAGCCCAAGAAUGAAGGCAAGAGUUUCACCUUCGACUACUCUUACUGGUCACACACUACGGCGGAGGAUGAGAGAUUUGCCUCCCAGAGACAAGUCUAUAAGGACAUCGGAGAGGAAAUGCUGCUUCAUGCUUUUGAAGGAUACAAUGUCUGUAUCUUCGCCUACGGACAGACCGGAGCAGGGAAGAGUUACACCAUGAUGGGAAGACAGGAAGAGGGACAGGAGGGGAUCAUUCCCCAGCUGUGUGAGGAUUUGUUUAAGAGGACAGUUGGAAACACAGAUCCUGAUCUCUCCUUCUCAGUGGAGGUGUCCUACAUGGAGAUCUACUGUGAGAGGGUGCGUGACCUGUUGAACCCUAAGUCGAAGGGUACACUCCGUGUUAGGGAGCACCCUAUAAUGGGACCGUACGUUGAAGAUCUGUCUAAACUGGCUGUGACCGGAUACAAUGACAUUCAGGACCUAAUGGACUGUGGAAACAAAGCUAGGACGGUGGCAGCAACAAAUAUGAAUGAGACGUCUAGUCGUUCCCACGCCGUCUUCACCAUCGUGUUCACACAGAAACGAAGAGACCAACUCACCAGCCUGGACACUGAGAAGGUCAGUAAGGUCAGUCUGGUGGACCUAGCUGGUAGUGAGGAGCUUAACUCGUCUGGUGAUGAGGGGGGGGGGAAUGCAAAGGGUUUGAGGUUGAAGGUCAGCUGGAUCAACAGGGGGGCUGGUUAGUCUCUCACCACCCUGGGGAAGGUCAUCUCUGCUCUGGCUGAAAUGCAGAACAGUAAGAAGAGGUCCGACUUCAUCCCCUACAGAGACUCGGUCCUCACCUGGCUCCUGAAAGAGAACCUGGGUGGUAACUCCAGGACAGCGAUGAUAGCAGCUCUCAGUCCAGCAGACAUUAACUAUGAAGAAACACUCAGUACACUCAGGUAUGCAGACCGUGCCAAGCAGAUCAGGUGUAAUGCUAUAAUCAAUGAGGAUCCCAACGCCAGACUGAUCAGAGAACUAAAAGAAGAAGUCAACAGACUGAGAGACCUGCUGUUCUCACAGGGGCUGUCUGAACUACUGGCUGUAACAGGUGGAGAGGUGAACAACAACAGUGCUCUGGGCUCCUCCCCCUCAGGCCUGCCAACCCACCAGCCAAUCACCGCUAACGGCCAAUCAGAAGCCCCACAGAACCCUGCCCAAGAUUCUAACUCCGCCCCUGACGAAGACUCCACACCUGACGGAGAGGCUGAUCACAUGACUGAUCACAUGACGGCGGACUUUGCUGAAGGGGAGGAGCUUGUUGAGACCAUCAGUAAAGAGGAGGUGGCUGAGAGACUGGAGGAGACUGAGAAGAUCAUUGCUGAGCUGAACGAGACAUGGGAGGAGAAACUGAGGAAGACUGAAUCUAUACGACAUGAGAGAGAGUCUCUGCUGGCUGAGAUGGGAGUGUCCAUUAAAGAAGAUGGAGGAACAUUAGGGGUGUUCUCUCCUAAAGGGACUCCCCACCUGGUGAAUCUGAACGAGGAUCCUCUGAUGUCAGAAUGUCUGCUGUACUACAUCAAGGAGGGAGUCACCAGGGUUGGUCAACAGGAUGUGGAUAUCAGACUCUCUGGUCAGUUCAUCAAGGAACAACACUGUGUCUUCUACAGUCACACCAACCACCAAGGAGAGGUCAUAGUAACCCUGGAACCUCUGGAGGGGGCGGAGACUUAUGUCAACGGGAAACAGAUCACAGAAGCGCUGGUGCUAAAACAAGGUAACCGUAUAGUGAUGGGGAAGAACCAUGUGUUCCGGUUCACCCACCCAGAACAGGCCCGUCUGGAGAGAGAACAGAGAGAGAGGAGCAGUACCAGUCCCAGCCACCAGGAGACCGAAUGCACUGCCAACACAGGCCUCCAGGGGGAGCCAGAGGACUGGACCUACGCUCAGCGAGAACUACUAGAGAAACAAGGGAUAGACAUCAAACUGGAGAUGGAGAAGAGGCUGCAGGACAUGGAGAUUCAGUACCGGAGGGAGAAGGAGGAGGCUGACCUAUUACUGGAACAACAGAGACUGUAUACAGACUCAGACAGUGGAGACGACUCUGAUAAGAGAUCCUGUGAAGAGAGCUGGAGACUGAUAUCUUCACUCAGAGAGAAACUACCUGCUAACAAGGUCCAGUCGAUAGUAAAGCGUUGUGGCCUGCCCAGUAGUGGUAAACGUCGGGAGCCACUCAGGGUCUAUCAGAUCCCUCAGCGUCGCCGAAUCAGCAAAGACCCCAAACGGGUUACCAUCAGAGACCUGAGGAUGCAGGCGGUCAAAGAGAUCUGCUACGAGGUUGCCUUGGGGGAUUUCCGUCACUCUCGUCAGGAGAUUGAGGCUCUGUCCAUUGUGAAGAUGAAGGAGCUAACCAGGAUGUAUUCUAAGAAAGACAACACAGAGGCAGACAGCUGGAGGGAUGUGGCUCAAGAUGUCUGGGACACCGUGGGGAUAGGGGAGGACAGGAGGGAGGAGGUGGAGGAGGGAGUAGGAGGGGCAGGGCCUGGGGGUGUGUACGACCUGAAGGCUCAUAUUGAUAGGCUGACGGAUGUUCUACAGGAAGUAAAGAUUCAGAAUAAUAUGAAGGAUGAAGAGAUCAAAGCUCUGAGAGACAGGAUGGUCAAGAUGGAGAGCAUUAUACCUACUGGACAGGAGGAGGACAUGGAAAAUGACGAGGAGGAAGGGGGCGGUUCCCAAUGUGAUGGUGACGGGGCCGAUGAUGACGGACAGCCCAAUCCACCCAAUGAGAAGAGAGUAGUUAAGCUGAUGACAGACGACCCAGCCUUUAGACGGGGGAGGAUGAGGUGGCUGAAACAGGAACAGACCCGACUACAGAACCUUCAACAACAGACUAUUACUAAAAGACUCAGACAGAACACCCAGAACUCCCCAACCCCCAACACCCCUCUGGUCCCAGUGCACCCCCCCCCUGUGGUCCACCUCCCCGGGACCGGCCGCUUCAUCCCCCCACAGGACUGUAAACUCAAGUUCCCCUUCAAGAGCAACCCCCACCACCGUCUCUCAUGGAGCCCUGCCACUGCCCUGAUGAUGCUGGGGGAGGGGGGGGUAGAUGGUGAGUGGGAGGAGCGGGCAGAGGGAGGAGGUGGAAAAGCAACUCCCUCUCCUCCUCCUCCUGCUGCUCUCCUCCCACUCCCCUUCCAGAUGGUCCCGAGAGGCCACACCCCCUCCCCACACCGCACCUGGCAACAACCACAACAGCACCGUAGCAACAGUAACCAUGGGAACCCUCACUUCCCAGUUCCAGGGCAACAGCAGGGGCUGCCUCCGUGGCGGUAUAGGCGGAACUCCCUGGACAGCUCCCCGCAGGGCAACAACAACAAUCAUCAGGGAAACAACUACCCCGGCAACCCCAACAACAACGGAGGUGGUCACCAGGGGCGACCGCGUUAUCGUGGAGGAGGGGGGAUGGAGGGAAGAGGAAGGGAGAGGGAUCAGAGAGGAGGAGGGAGGUUUCAGCAGGGGGGAGACAGAGGAGGGUACCAUCACCCCUACUACAUCCCUCCUCACCAACACCUCUACCACAGCAGCAGUAACCACCACCCUCCACCAGGGGGCCACAUUUCCCCCCAGGGAAGAGGAGGUGGUGCAGGGUGGUUUCAGGAGGGGUACAGCACCCCCCCUCGCAUGAAGAGGCAGUUUAGUGCCCCCGAUCUGAAGAGCAAGGAGACCCCUGUGUGACCUCUCACCCCUGACCCCACACACAGACAACCUUCCUAUAAGGACACUGCAUAUCCAUCUGACAGGCUUAUGACCUGUCAUAACACUACAUACUGCUGUUAUAACUGAUGCUACUACACUACAUGGUGUAUAAUGUAGCUAUAUGGACUGAGGCAUGUGUGUGUCUGCAUGCUUCUGUCUCUGCCAUUGUGUAAUUGAAUACAGAACAGAGUGUGUGUCAACGCUUUGCUUAGCACACAACAAUGAGUCUGCACACUCUGUGUCACUCACACACAACACUAAAUAACGCCAGUGUGUAUGUGUGUAUGUGUGUGUUCCUGCUGUAGUGGUUAGCGUUCUCAUAUACAACAGGUAUUUUUAAAUAUUAGUUCUGAGGGUCUUUCUGAAGGUCAGCAGUUCUGUUUUAGUUGUUGAUACGUUUUCAUGCACCCGCAGGGCAUUAUGGGAGGUGCCUUUGGCUGCCUGGCCCACACGACCGUGCCUGCUUUCCCGUCCAAAUUACAUAUGGAUCCUUUAUUUGACCUGGACGCGCGGCAACACAAAGACCCAUCAAUCUCAGAUAAAGCAUCCGAGUGACAGAAACAGCACCCCUCUGUCUGUCUGUCUGUCCCCUCUGUCUGUCCCCUCUGUCUGUCUCCUCUGUCUGUCUGUCCCCUCUGUCUGUCCCUCUGUCUGUCUCCUCUGUCUGUCCCUCUGUCUGUCUCCUCUGUCUGUCUGUCCCCUCUGUCUGUCUCCUUUGUCUGUCUGUCCCCUCUGUCUGUCCCUCUGUCUGUCUGUCCCCUCUGUCUGUACGUCUCCUCUGUCUGUCCCCUCUGUCUGUUUCCUCUGUCUGUCCCCUCUGUCUGUCUCCUCUGUCUGAUCUGUGUCCUCUGUGAUACUAUUUCUGGCCAGACAGCAUCAGAGACAUAUAGUAACAUUGAUGGGUGCUGAUUGGCUCGAAUGCUUUCUCCAGUGAGAUAGUUACAGCGGAGAGGAAGUCUCUCCAGAGUAAGCCCAAUGCGUUUCUAUGGGCAUAAUAUGCAGACCUAAGCAUGUCGCCUGCCUCCCUGCCAUUAGGACAAUGACUCCCGUUGUUAGGGCGGAGACAUGAGCAUCGAGUCAUUAUAUACAGAUCUCUGGUUUCAGCCUCUUGGGAAUUGGACAGUUGGCAGGUGCACAGGUCUCUGUUAGGAUACUUCCCUUAAAGAAAAUAUAUGUUUUGCCAAAAUUAUAUAAUUAUUCCUGUUGUCCAUUUUUUCAUUGUCUUUUGUUUGGUGCGCUAAAUGUAAGCAAUGAGCAUGUGUCUGGUUUCUCUGCCCUGAUUGUGUUGAGGGAGAGCAUGUGUCUGGUUUCUCUUCCCUGGUUGUGUUGAGGGAGAGCAUGUGUCUGGUUUCUCUUCCCUGGUUGUGUUGAGGGAGAGCAUGUGUCUGGUUUCUCUUCCCUGAUCGUGUUGGGGGAGGGCAUGUGUCUGGUUUCUCUGCCCUGCUAGUGUUGAGGGAGAGCAUGUGUCGGGUUUCUCUUCCCUGGUAGUGUUGAGGGAGAGCAUGUGUCUGGUUUCUCUGCCCUGAUAAUGUUGGGGGAGUGUGCGCACCUGAGCAUGCCUAGCAGUAGGCCUACCUGACCUGCUGCGUACAUAUGUAGAAAAGCUCAUUUGGGAUGUCUGAUUGUCUUAGCCACCAGGUCCACAACUAAUCAGCUAAGCCUCUCAGUCAUUUUUUCCUCACACAGUUAAUGAAGUCUGACAUUUUUUUUUACAUCCAUCGCGAAUGAUAAUAGUUCCUCACGGUUUUUGAAAAAAAACACUCCUGGCCUAUGAGAAUCACCCAGCCUCGGGGUGAAAAAACCACUCCUGGCCUAUGAGAAUCACCCAGCCUCGGGGUGAAAAAACCACUCCUGGCCUAUGAGAAUCACCCAGCCUUGGGGUGAAAAAAGCUAAAUAUCAUGAUCUGAUGAUCGCAGAUAUCCAGUGGAAACAGCAGAAACUGCUUUCUGUCCUGACCUCACUGGGCCGGAAUAGUUGAUACAAUGUUGCAGGCUCGCUUGCCUUUGGGCUGGACUCAGUUGAUGAUCAAGUCAAGAACAAUGGAAAGGGAGGCAGACAGCAGAGUAGAGAGAGGAGUGCGAUUGAAAAUGAAAGAAUAAAUAUUUUAUCGGGA